AUGUCCUUUUUGGAAAAGUACGGCCCCGAAGUGCAGAGAGUCUCUGCAGAUGCCCCCAUCCAAGACAUCAUUGCGCUCCUCAAGCGUGAUGGGGGUGUUUUUGUCAAGGGACUGAUAUCUGAGGCAGAUGUCGAUAAGGCAUAUGAUGAGUGCCGAGCACGUUUGGACUCCGAUGUUGAAUGGUCGGGCAACUUCUUCCCUAAGGAGACGCAACGGGCGCCAAGCCUCCUUGCUCUCAGCCCUACAUACGCCCGGACCCAGGUCAUGAACCCGGUCUAUCAGCAAGUCGUCGAUCAUUUCCUCACUACGCGAAGUUGGUUCUGGUGGGGUCCUGAACGGAAGGAGUCGGUUUCGAAACCUUACUUGCAUUCUUGUACUGCUAUGAGAAUCGGACCUGGAGGCAAGGCGCAGCCACUUCACCGUGACGACUAUAUCAGUCACAACAUCCAUGCUGGUAUUGAUAAGUGGCAUGAUGAGCGUGAUGCCAAUCGUGAGUCUGCUGUUGGCUUAUUUGUUGCUGGGUCAAAGGUCACGAAGGAGAAUGGAGGCACGCAGUUUAUCCAAGGGAGUCAUCUAUGGGGCUCAGAACGAGGUCCCCCGCGUGUUGAAGACUGCAUCUUUGCUGAGAUGGAUAAGGGCGAUGCGUUCAUCAUGCUUGCUUCAGCGUAUCAUGGUGGAGGUACCAAUUCCACCAAAGACCAGUACCGCUUAGUCUUUGCUACCUUUUCCAUUCGUGGAUUUUUAAGACAGGAAGAAAAUCAGUUUCUGGCUGUUCCUAGAGAAAUAGCAAUGAAAUUCGACCAGGAUCUACAGGCGUUUAUGGGCUAUUCUAUGAGCGACCCGGCGUGCGGUUAUGUAGAACAGACAGAUCCGAUAUACCUGCUCCGACCAGAGCUUGAGAAAGGUCCUUCGGACUUUUAG